AAUGGUAACAACCAUUAGCUUCAAUUAAGCGUUAACUGAGUAACAGACUGACAGACAGAUUCUGAAGAUAACAGCCGGUACAAACAUAAAAUGCAAUCUGGCAGAAGAUAACUGGGCCUGCACAAUCUGUGUGAUGGCCAUUCGGCAAGUGGCUCCCAGUUGGCCAAGUUCGCUCCAUUACGUUGCCGCAAAUUACAAGCUGCAAGGAAUCCCCGGAGGGCCUUCGAUAAAAGGUGCUGAAAAGACCAUCAACUGCUUAAAAUGUAAUCAGAGUUUCGGCCACGAAAUAGAUACACUCGUACACCCCCAACCCAUAUCUUAUCACUUUGACAUGCGCCCAAGGCUUUGAGAGUGAAUCACGGUCAACGUUUUUGGGCAAAACAACUCAUCCGGUCAAGUGCUGGGUCAUUUAACCCCAGAAUGGAUAGCCUGGGCGCCAUCCUUCUGAUUUUGUUCGUCCUCAGCUUUCUGCUAUUUCUGUUGCGCGUGCUGCUGAUUACCUGUCGCUCCUACACCAUGUCGCAGCGCCUCAAAGGGGAGAACGCCCGUCGCCAAAUGGAAAUUCAAGUCACAAACAACAACUGCAACGGCAGCUCCGGAAGUUCUGGCGGAGCCGAUCCUGCUUGCGGAAAUGCCCAGGAUAUCACAGUUCUACCCAAGACCCUGGAUCUGCCGCCCAGUUAUGAUGAAGCAGCCUUUAGUGACCGAAAGCAGGACAGCACCUUGACCAUUGCCACCUGUCUGGAGGCCAGUAACCCGAAUCUGGCUGCAGGAGGCACCAACGAACCUCCUCCGGUCUACGAGGCAAAUGUAACAACCACGACUACCACCACUUUCUUGGUGAAUGGACAGCCUCCAGUGCUGUAACUCAGUUUUCAAUUUUAAUGUUUUACAUGUAUUGAUUUCUUAUGUAUAAAUAUGUACAGAUGUGAAAUAAUAUAAAGUAAAUACUUAAA